CGGCGCGGGCGGCGGCGUGCGGAAGCGCGGGGCGCGGGAUGGACCCGCCGGUGAAGGAGGGGGCUCUGCUCGUGCAGCACAGCCACAAGUUCGGCACCAAGAGGUGGAAGCGGAGCUGGUUCGUGCUGUACCCCGCCAGCCAGCACGGCGUGGCCCGCCUGGAGUUCUUCGACUGCAAGGAGCCGUCGGCGCCGCCCGAGCGGCUGGGCACCCGGCGGCUGGACCGCACCGUGGUGCGCAUGGCCGACUGCACCAGCGUGGCUCCGGUGCCCGACAGCGGCCCCCGGCCCGGCACCGCCGUCUUCCGCCUGGAGACCAGCGACAGGAGCUACCUCUUCGCGGCUGACAAGCAGCAGAGUGAGGAGUGGGUGGCGAAGCUCUGCGAGAUCGCCUUCCCGGGAAACAGCCCAAGUGAUGGUGGUGUGCUGGCCCAGCGUGUCAGAGAGGGCAGCGGGGAGGCACCAGCCCUGCAGAUGGCCGUGAACUCCAUCUACUACUCCAGAGAUGAAGUGAACGCCUUCUGGGUGACGGCGCAGCGCACCGAGGCCGCCGAGCGCUGCGAGCUGCGUGGCGCCUACCUGCUGAAGGCCGAGCGCGACAGCCUCAUCCUGAAGGACCCGCGGACAAACGCCGUCCUCUACGUCUGGCCCUACCGGCUGCUCCGCAGAUACGGCCGGGACAAGGUGAUGUUCUCCUUUGAAGCAGGCAGGCGCUGCGACUCUGGCCCGGGCAACUUCACCUUUGAGACCAAGCAGGGCAACGAGAUCUUCCGCCUGGUGGAAGCCUCCAUCCGGGAGCAGAAGGCGCAGGCGGAGGAGAACCGGCAGAGCUGCGGCUCGCUGGACUCGGACGGCCCCAGCGUGACGCUGCUCCGCCAGGCGCUGGCAGACUCCCUGAGCCUGGAGCUGCCCGCGGAGGGGGCCGACGCUCCGCUGCCCAGAGCGGGCCCCGCGCCCCGGCCCGGCGCGGCCGCGGAGGAGCGAGAUGCCGCGUCUCUGCUGAAGACCCGGACUCUGCCGGAGCUCCCCGUGCCACAGCCCAAGCCCGCGGUCCCCAGCACCCCCCCCCGCUCCCCUCUGCCCAAGGCGCCCCGCGCCGCUCCGCCGCCCGAGGACCCGUCCAGCGUGUACUCGGAGCCCCUGGACUCGGUGAAGAGCUUCCGGCCCCGGCCGGACCCACUGUACUCGGACCCUGUUGACAGCAAGCCGGCGAGCGGGGCCUCGGGCGAGGCCAGCGUCGGGCUGCCGUCGGUGGGCGCGUACGAGCGGGUUGGUGCCGAGGCGGGGCCGGGGCGGCGGGAGCACAUCUACGACGAGCCCGAGGGCUGCGUGCCCCGCUCGCUGCCCGCUCCCGCCUGCAUCUACGACGAGGCGCGGCCCCCGGGCCAGGCCUGGCGCACGCAGGGCCACGACGGCCGCGGCGGCUAUGAGUACCCCUACAGCCCCGGCAUGGACGACUACUCGGUGCCCGCCUUCCAGGCCAAGGCCAAGGGCUCCAGGCCGGUGCCUGCCCCCAAGCCCCAGGUGGCCUUUGUCGCCAAGGGCGCCGAGAGGAGCGGGGACGCGGGCAGGCGGCGGGGGAAUGCUGCUGCCACCAAACCUGGCCUCAACAGCAGCAACAACAACAACGUGGAGGUGCUGUACAGCCGGGUACUGAGGCCCCGGCACGCUCAGGAGGAGCAGUCUGUGGAUGAGUGCAGCCUGGCGCCUGUCUAUGAGGACUUGGGAGAGAUCUAGCUGCUGCCGUGCCACACCUGCACGGGGGGCACGGGCACCAUCCUGAGCAGGGCUGGCUGCCCUCCACGGGUCCCGGGGCUGGCUUGGGGCUGGGGGCUGUUCGGGCUAGCUCGGGCAGACCUUCCCUAGCUCAGCCAUGGUGAGGGGCUGCGUUUCCCUUUUGGCAGCAGGAGCAAGAUGUCUGUGGCUGGUGCAGGUGCCAGCGAGCUCCCCUAGCCGUGGUGCAGGCUCUGCUGCGGCUCCCCACGCGCAGGAGCCCUGGCUGUGUUGCUGCUCCGGCACUGACCCGGCUGCAGGGCUGGGAUGCCCCUGGCUGUGCGUGGAGUACUGUUUCCAAAACUAUUUUUAUACAGAAUUAUUUUAAUAUUAAAACCCGUGUGCCUGAGAAUGAAACGUUUGCCUGGGCCGUGUCGGGGCUGUCAGGCUGCCGGGGUGUAACCCCAGCCAGCAACUAAGUACCAAGCAGCCACUUGCUUGCUCCCCCCUCACCUCCCUUAGUGUGAGGAAGGGGAUAAGAAAAGAAAACAAAGCUUGUCAAUUGAGAUAGGAACAAUGUAAUAACUAAACUAGAAGAUAAUAAUAAUAAACAAAUGUAAUAAUAACAACAGAGAGAAACAACCCCAGAAAAGACAAGUGGUGUCCAGUGCAAUGGCUCCCCACCACUGAAUGCUGCCUGAGCAGGGACCUGCCUGUGCCAACCGCCCACGGUUUGCAUAGAGGGCACGACAUCCUGUGGCCUGGAAUAGUCCUGGCGCUAGCUGGGGUCAGCUGUCCUGCCCACAUUCCCUUCCAGGUCCUUGUGCCCCCCAGCGUCCUCGCUGGCAGGGCGGAGGAGCAGUAGAAAAGGCCUUGAUGCUGUGCAAACCCUGAUGGGCAAUAAUCAAAACAUCCGUGGGUUAUCAGUGUUCUUUUCCAGGUAAGCCCAGACCACAGCCCUGUAGCAGCCACUAGGAAGAAAAUGAAACCUGUCCCAGAGAAAAGCAGGACAGAGGUAUGUGAAUGGGGGGAUGCUGGUGCAGUGCUGCGGAGCAGUGGCCUGCUGAGCACUGUUCACAUGGGGGCACAUUCUCAUCUGUGCCGGAGCUACUGAGCUAAAAGGAAGCUGUGAAGAAGAGUGUGUGAGGUUCAGUUGUGGCUGGGAGGCUUGAUGCCAGAGAAUCGUAGAACCCCAGAAUGGUGGGAGCUGCUGAGGACGAUGUGUGUGGCUCCUGCAGCCCCAGUUCAGAGCCAGGGAGCCACAAAGCCCUGGGGAAGUCUGGAGGAUCAGGUUCAGGUCCCCAGCCUGGUGAGAUGGUGACAAGGGGGUGAGCUCUGGGUGGAUGUCUGAUGGCUCAAGUUGCAGUCCUGGAACAAGGCAGCAGAGCUGUAGUCAGGACUGGUCUGUGGCUGGUCUCCUGGGCUGAGUCCUCUUCCCCACAGGUUUUGCUGUAGGAGAAGGGGCUUUUUGGGAAUCUGAGGGAGGCUGAGGUGGUGUCUACAUGGGAUGAGAGUCAGAAGCAGCAGGUAUGACCUGUCAGCAUGCUCAGGCUUCUGCUCUGGGCUUUAUCUCCUUUCUGGCAUCAGUUCAGAGUGUAACAACUGCUUCACAGUAAGGUAAAUGCAGAGUGAGCCUUUAGCUGGUCACAGCCUUCCUGUUGCCAAAGCAAAUGCCUGCAAGGAACCUUGCCGUUAGGACCAGGAGAUGAUCUUUCUGGAUGCUGUCUAGAUGAGGAAUUCUUCUGUCUGCCUUCACAGAAUCCCAGAACUGUUUCGCUUAGAAGGGACCUUAAAGCUCAUCUAGUCCAACCCCUUCGUCUUCAGGCAGGGACACCUUCCACCAGCCCAGGCUGCUCCCAGCCCCAUCCAACUCCUUUGCUGUCAUUGUGGCCGUUCUCUCCUGCUGCUGCUCCACUUAAUUGUCCUUACCUCAAGGCACAAAGCUUUGCCUCUGUGUCCUGAUCCCUUCCCUGCCAAGCUGGGGAGGGGCGAGUGAGCAGCUGUGUGGUUUGGUUACUGUCAGCUGGGUUCAAACCACAGCAGUGCCUUUUGGUACCCAAGCUGGGGCAUGAAGAGUUUGAGGUAAGGACAGGCCUGACCAGAGUGUGCUGGAACGAGUUUGUUACCCAGAUUUGUUGUAUUAAAGGAGGCGGCUGUUCACAGGGCUGGCUCCUCUGUUUGCAUGCUGGUGUCACACUGCUCUGUGCCCGUGGGGUGCUGUUCAUCGCAUCUCGGGGAGUGAUGAGGACCACGGUUUUGUUGUACUGGGUGCUGACAACUUAUGAUAUAGUGAUUCAUUGGUUCUGGGGUUUGGCUGGUGUCUGUGUGCAGCAUUGUUGACACUCCUGUGUCUCAAGUCUUUCCUCUCAGAACUCAUUAGUCAUCUCAUGCUGUCUAUGGGGAGGGCAGGAAGAGAUGCUUCCUCCUACCCUUUCACCUGCUCUUUCUGACUACAGCAGCCUUUGAAUACCCUUGGGACAUUCCAGUCAUCCUGCUUUUACUGCUCUGUCUCCUGGAUGGGUUUCAUGUCUUGCUUAGGGCUGUAAAAUUUGUUAAGCAUGUCCCCCAGAGAUCUGCCCCAAGGCUGGACAGUCAUGGGUGGAAUGGCAGGUGGGAGAAUAUGGGCAGGGAUGUGGGGGACUCUCACCUCCAGUGGUUUGGAACUUCACCCCUGUACCAUGACAGAGUGACAGAGUACUUGAAAGGAAAAUGUGGUUAUUCUGAGGAGGCACAACUGACCCCACUCUGCUGGGCCCUGGCCAGUAUCCACCAGACACUGCUAAGCAUCAGGCAGCACCCUCAGGGAGAAGGGGAGAGAAACAGGCCAACAGGUACCACAGCUGCCCCAACCUGGGUCCUCUGUAGGCCAGGUGACCAUUUUUACCAUCAGGAAAUGACUUGGUAGCUGCUCAAAGCCCAGCCAACCUCUUCCCUGUGGGGCUUUUUGUUUCCCCAUUCUGAAAGACACAUCCUUUUAACUGCUGCCUCCUCCCUUUCAGGACCCAGUGUGGGGCAGCCCUGACACAACUGCUCUGCUGGCAUAUCUGUUCUCCCACGGGCACUAGGGAGAGCACCCAUGUUCUCUCUGGCUGUCAAGAGCUGGUCAGGGCAACAGCACCGUUACUGCACUGUGGUGAUCAGGUGGAGGCCUUCUCAACAGGGGCCCCCAAACAGCCCCAGUGUUGUGAUUUGCUUCCCUUUACAGCCCCUUUUUCCUCUUCCCAAGUUUCCCCUUUAGCAGCUUCCUUGUAUUAGUAAUAA